AUGUUGUUUGCCCAGCUUCAGAUUCAAAGUAGAACCACCAAGCUGCUCAGGAAAAUUUCUUUGAAAAUCACAGACUUUUACAAUCAAAAGCUUGAGAGAGACAAUGAAAAUAUUGGCAAAGCUUUUGGACAGAUCAUCUUAUUACCAUUCUUAUUAAGACUGAACAAAUUCUCUCUCCUGCGUUCCCUUGAUAUUCGUGAAGAUCCCACCUUUAUCCCAGAGGUUGCUGCAGAGCUUACAGAGGACAAGUGUGAGGCUGAAAACACUUCAGACGUUAUCAAGCAGCUGCUAGAUGCAAGGUCUGAUUCUGCCAGCGAUGGGUUUAGCUUCAAAGGAAUCAAAGACUACCUGAACUGCUACCGGAGUGGGAAGCUGACACCAUCUGAGGUAGCAAAGAACAUCAUUGCCGUGCUGGAGGACUGUGACAAAUCUACACCCCCGCUCCGAGCGAUAGUGCAGUGGGACCGCGAACAAAUAAUGCUGAUGGCUGAGGCCUCUACUGCUCGUUACAAAACUAAAUGUACCCUAUCUCACCUGGAUGGGAUCCCAGUGUGCCUGAAAGAAGAGUUUAAAGUGGUGCCUUACCGUCAUCGAGUGGGAACGGAGUAUCUUGGGGCAGAGCCUGAAACAGAAGAUGCUACUGUGGCCAAGAAGCUGCGAGAGGCUGGAGCUAUCAUUAUUGGGGUCUCAAACAUGCAUGAACUAGGGACUGGAACAACUGGAUGCAACCCUAAUGGGUACCACAAGAUCCCAAGGAAUCCCUACAAGCCCAGUCAUUACACAGGUGGGAGCUCCAGUGGGUCAGCAGCAGCUGUAGCAGCAGGUCUCUGCCCUGUGGCUAUUGGCACAGAUGGAGGAGGUUCUGUGAGGAUUCCUGCUUCAUUCUGUGGUGUGGUAGGGCUGAAAGGUACCUUUGGGCGGAUCAGUUCUCACGGCUGCCUCCCGCUCUCUUAUUCCACCGUCAGUGUGGGUCCUAUCUGUACCUCGGUGGCAGAUGCAGCCAUUGUGUACAGUGUGCUUGCUGAGCCAGAUCCACUCUGUCCAUAUGGAUUAAAGCAGCCCAAAGCAACCCUGACAAAUAUGUGUGCACCUGACCUGAAGGGCUUAAAGCUGGGAGUGGACUGGACAUUUUUUAAGGCGUGUGAUCCAGAAAUUCUGUCUAUCUGUGAGAAAGCUGUAGAGUACCUGCAGAGCCUGGGAGCCAGCGUGGUGGAAGUGUUUCUUCCAGAGAUGGAGGAGGUGCGAGUGGCACAUGGAAUCUGUAUUCUCAGUGAGAUGAGAGACUUCCUGCAGCCUGACUUCAACAAACAUUUCCAGCAACUGAAUUUGGAGACUCGGAUCAGCCUGGCCGUGGCUUGCCAGUUCACAGCUCUGGACUAUAUUACGGCAAAUCGGCAGAGGACCCGGAGCAUGGGCUUCUUGCGAGAGAUUUUCUCCACUGUGGACUGUAUCCUGACACCAGCUACUGCGUCCACUGCCCCAAGAAUCCACAACUCUGACCUCGUGGCUGGGUUCAGCGAUUUCUCACUCACAGUGCGGGCCAUGAGGUUCAUGCAGCUUGGCAACUUCACGGGCAUUCCAGGCCUGGUGGUUCCUGUUGGAUAUUCUGCUGCUGGGCUUCCUAUCAACCUCCAGAUCAUGACCAAAUGGUGGGAUGAAGCUAUGCUGCUCAGGAUUGGCCUGAAGCUGGAGCAAUUUCGUCACCAGACCAAAAAACCAUCAGUUUAUUAUGACAUCCUCGCAUGAUAGGGUGGCCAGUA